AAAACUGUCAUUUGAUGGGUCAGGUAUGGACACACAUGGCACUACUGCUGACUUCAAAAUAAUAACACCAGACCCUUUUCCUGUUCUCUACAUUCCUGAAAGAUCUAGUCCCUAAUCUAGGCUCGAGCUUUUCCUCAGUCUUGGAGAACAGAGAAGACCUACUUGGGGAGACAGCUUCCUGGUGCUGAAAAAUCCUGACCACUGUCCUUGAACAUGAGUGCUCGAAGGCAGGAAUUACAAGACAGGGCAAUCGUCAAGAUAGCCGCUCACUUACCAGACCUCAUCGUCUACGGAGAUUUCUCUCCGGAGCACCCAUCAGUGAAAUGUUUUGAUGGAGUUCUGAUGUUUGUUGAUAUUUCAGGUUUUACUGCAAUGACUGAGAAGUUCAGCACAGCCAUGUACAUGGACCGAGGAGCUGAGCAGCUGGUGGAAAUCCUCAACUACUACAUAAGUGCAAUAGUGGAGAAAGUUCUGAUUUUUGGAGGAGACAUCCUAAAAUUUGCAGGUGACGCCUUGCUGGCCCUGUGGAAAGUGGAACGAAAGCAACUGAAGAACAUCAUCACUGUGGUGAUUAAGUGCAGCCUGGAGAUCCAUGGCUUGUUUGAAGCCAAGGAGGCUGAAGAAGGCCUGGAUAUCCGAGUUAAGAUAGGGCUGGCUGCGGGCCACAUCACCAUGUUGGUCUUUGGGGAUGAAACGCGGAACUACUUCCUGGUGAUUGGCCAGGCAGUGGAUGACGUACGCCUUGCUCAGAACAUGGCUCAGAUGAACGAUGUUAUUCUGUCACCAAACUGCUGGCAGCUCUGUGAUCGGAGCAUGAUUGAAAUCGAGAGGAUUCCGGAUCAGAGAGCGGUUAAGGUUAGCUUCUUAAAACCACCUCCAACUUUUAACUUUGACGAGUUUUUCGCAAAAUGUAUGGGCUUCAUGGAUUAUUAUCCUUCUGGUGACCACAAAAACUUCCUAAGGCUUGCCUGCAUGCUGGAGUCUGAUCCUGAACUCGAGUUGUCUCUACAAAAGUACGUGAUGGAAAUCAUUUUGAAGCAGAUCGAUGACAAGCAACUUCGGGGCUAUUUAUCUGAGCUUCGUCCUGUGACCAUUGUGUUUGUGAACUUGAUGUUUAAAGAGCAAGACAAAGUAGAAGUCAUAGGAUCAGCCAUCCAAGCUGCCUGUGUGCACAUCACGUCUGUCUUGAAGGUUUUCCGAGGCCAGAUCAAUAAGGUCUUCAUGUUUGAUAAGGGCUGCUCCUUCCUAUGUGUCUUCGGUUUCCCUGGGGAAAAGGCCCCCGAUGAGAUCACUCACGCCUUGGAAAGUGCCGUGGAUAUAUUCGACUUCUGCUCUCAGGUCCACAAAAUCCGAACUGUCUCCAUCGGCGUGGCCAGUGGGAUUGUCUUCUGUGGGAUCGUUGGACACACUGUGAGACAUGAGUACACAGUCAUUGGUCAGAAGGUCAAUAUUGCUGCCAGGAUGAUGAUGUAUUACCCAGGCAUCGUGACCUGCGACUCUGUCACAUAUGAUGGCAGCAACCUACCAGCCUACUUUUUUAAAGAGCUUCCAAAGAAAGUUAUGAAAGGAGUUGCAGAUCCUGGACCAGUGUACCAGUGUUUGGGCCUCAAUGAGAAAGUCAUGUUUGGUAUGGCAUAUCUCAUCUGCAACAGAUAUGAGGGCUACCCUUUGCUGGGACGCGUUAGGGAGAUCGACUAUUUCAUGUCUACUAUGAAGGACUUUUUGAUGACGAACUGCAGCCGAGUACUAAUGUAUGAAGGAUUACCAGGCUAUGGAAAAAGCCAGGUACUUAUGGAGAUCGAGUAUCUGGCCUCUCAGCAUAAGAACCAUAGGACUGUUGCUAUUGCACUGACUAAGAUCAGCUUCCAUCAGAAUUUUUAUACUAUCCAGAUACUCAUGGCUAACGUACUAGGUCUGGAUUCUUGUAAACAUUACAAAGAACGACAGACCAAUCUUCAAAAUAGAGUCAAGACACUGUUGGAUGAUAAGUUCCACUGUCUUCUUAAUGACAUCUUCCAUGUUCAGUUCCCUGUUUCCCGGGAGAUGUCCAGGAUGAGCAAGACAAGAAAGCAGAAGCAACUGGAAGCCCUGUUUAUGAAGAUCUUGGAGCAAACAGUGAGAGAAGAAAGGAUUAUUUUCAUCAUUGACGAGGCCCAGUUUGUGGAUGGAACCUCCUGGGCCUUCAUAGAAAAGCUCAUCCGGUCUAUGCCCAUCUUCAUCAUCAUGUCCCUGUCUCCUUUCCCUGACGUUCCCUGUGCAGCUGCCAAUGCCAUCAUGAAGAACCGGAACACCACCUACAUCACACUUGGUACCAUGCAGCCUCAGGAAAUUCGGGACAAGGUCUGUGUUGACCUUAGUGUAAGCAGCAUCCCCAGAGAGCUCGACUCGUACCUGGUGGAGGGGAGCUGUGGGAUUCCGUAUUACUGUGAAGAAUUGCUGAAAAACCUCGACCACCACAAGGUUCUCCUUUUUCAACAAGCAGAGACUGAGGAAAAGACAAACAUGACCUGGAAUAACCUGUUCAAGCAUUCUGUUAGACCAACAGAAGACAUGUAUCUUUAUACUUCCAUAUCUGAGGGACGGAAAGAAGUCUGUUACCUUGCGAGUGGUGUCAGACUAAAGAAUCUGUCACCUCCAGCAUCUCUAAAAGAAAUAUCUCUGGUCCAGCUGGACAGCAUGAGCCUUUCCCAUCAGAUGCUGGUGAGAUGUGCUGCCAUCAUUGGCCUAACCUUCACCACAGAGCUGUUGUUUGAGAUUCUCCCCUGCUGGAACAUGAAGAUGAUGAUCAAGGCCCUGGCCACCCUAGUGACAUCAAAUGUUUUUGAUUGCUUCCGGAGUAGCAAAGAUCUUCAACUAGCCUUAAAACAGAAUGUGACCACAUUUGAGGUUCAUUAUCGGUCUUUGGCCCUGAAGCCCAAAGAAGGGUUAACUCACAGUGAAGAGGAGGCGCUUCGAGAAAUGGAAGGAGAGGUGAUUGAGUGCCACAUCCUUCGGUUCUGCAGACCCAUAAUGCAGAAGACUGCCUAUGAACUGUGGCUCAAGGACCAGAAGAAAGUCUUGCACUCGAAAUGUGCCCGCUUUUUGGAAGAAAGUGCCCAUCGGUGCAGCCACUGCAGAAACACGGACUUCAUCCCGUACCACCACUUCAUAGUGGACAUUCGACUCAACAAUUUGGAUAUGGACGCUGUCAAGAAGAUGGUGAAGUCGCAUGGAUUUAAAGCUGAAGAAGAGGAGGAGGUCAUCUUUUCUAAAUCAGAGUUCCCUAAGAAAUACAAAUUCCCCGAGAAUCUCAGUGUCACAGAAACAAGGGAAAAGAUCUUGCACUUCUUUGACGAUGUCAUCUCAAAGAUGAGGUCGUCUCCGGAUGACGUCAUCCCUCUGGAAUCCUGCCAGUGUGAGGAGCUGCUCCAGAUUGUUAUCUUGCCUCUGGCCCAACAUUUUGUAGCCUUAGAAGAAAAAAACAAAGCCUUGUACUACUUCCUAGAACUUGCAUCUGCCUAUCUCAUCCUAGGAGACAACUAUAAUGCAUACAUAUAUUUGGGUGAGGGGGAAAGGCUACUGAAAUCUCUGACAAAUGAAGAUUCUUGGAGUCAGACCUUUGAAUAUGCUACCUUUUAUAGUCUCAAAGGUGAGGUCUGUUUUAAUAUGGGGCAGAUGGUACUCGCCAAGAAAAUGCUGAGGAAGGCACUGAAGCUUCUCAACAGAAUGUUUCCCUGCAAUCUAGUCACCCUGACUUUCCAAAUGCAUGUUGAGAAAAACAGACUCUCCCACUUCAUGAAUCAACAUAUCCAGGAGGGCUCGCUGCCAGGGAAGAAGCUGGCCCAGCUUUACCUGCAAGCCUCCUGCUUCUCCUUGCUGUGGAAGAUCUAUAGCUUGAACUUCUUCUUCCACUACAAGUAUUAUGGUCAUCUGGCAGUGAUGAUGGAGAUGAACACCUCGCUGGAGACUCAAAAUGAUUUCCAGAUCAUCAAGGCUUUUCUGGACUUUUCCCUGUACCACCAUCUGGCUGGAUACCAGGGUGUGUGGUUCAAAUAUGAAAUCCUGGUCAUGGAGCACCUCCUAAACCUCCCCCUGAAAGGGGAGGCCAUUGAAAUCAUGGCGUACGCAGCCGACGCACUGUGCCAUAUCAAGUUCUUAACGGGUCAUCUGGACUUGGCCAUUGAGUUAGGCUCCCGGGCCCACAGGAUGUGGUCACUUCUUCGGAAUCCCAACAAAUACCAGAUGGUUCUCUGCAGACUGAGUAAACCUCUUUUCUUGAAAAGCAGAUACAAGCAUUUGGUCCAGGUGCUGGGAUGGUUGUGGGACCUUUCUGUAACAGAAGAGCACAUCUUCAGCAAGGCAUUUUUCUAUUUUGUCUGCUUGGACAUCAUGCUUUACUCUGGCUUCAUUUACAGAACAUUUGAAGAAUGUUUGGAAUUCAUAUACCACAAUGAAGACAACAGAAUACUCAAGUUCCAGAGCGGACUCCUCCUGGGACUUUACUCCUGCAUAGCUGUCUGGUAUGCCAGACUUCAGGAAUGGGACAACUUUUACAAAUUUUCCAAAAGAGCCAAAAAUUUAGUGACACGAAGAACCCCAACAGUUCUUUACUACGAAGGAAUCUCUAGGUACAUGGAAGGGCAAGUCCUCCAUCUUCAGAAGCAAAUAGAAGAACAGGCUGAGAACGCUCAGGACAGUGGGGUGGAGCUACUCAAGGCCUUAGAGACCCUUGUGGCUCAAAAUACCACUGGCCCUGUCUUCUACCCGAGGCUGUACCAUCUGAUGGCCUACGUCUGCAUAUUAAUGGGAGAUGGGCACAGUUGUGACUUCUUCCUGAACACAGCAUUAGAGCUUUCUGAGACACAGGGGAAUUUGCUUGAGAAAUGUUGGUUGAGCAUGAGCAAGGAAUGGUGGUACUCGGCCUCUGAGUUAACAGGAGAUCAAUGGUUUCAGACAGUCUUGAGUCUUCCAUCAUGGGAUAAAAUUGUAUCAGGCAACGGAGGUCAGAGGAGACGUCUGUGGUUCUGUCCUUCCACCUUUCCGUGGGUGUCAGUGAUCAACCUCGGUGUGCGCAAUGGCCUGGAGGUAGCACAAUAUUGCAAAUGUCAAAUCUCUGUUACAGUCUGAAGCAGCAAGAUGAGGAAGAAUACAGUUUGCUGUGCCAGCUUCCAGAGCCAUGGUGGUGCCCCACGGGCACUUCCCAUCUGUAGAAAUAACUGCUUUAAGU